UAAUAUCGCCAAUAUUUCCUCAUUUUGUAACUUGUGCGAGCUACCAUGCGACGCGUAUUGAGUGCAGUGAUCGUGUCAGUGUUGUUGGCAAGCUUGGGAACUGCUAGAGGUUACGAUGUGGACCACCCACCCGCCGUCUGUCCCAAAAACAGCACCUGUGCUUAUUUAAAAGAAAAGUCUUCGACAGACUCAUUCUACUACUUGAUCAAUGGAUCUAAUCUUAUAGAAAUCGUAUACAGGCCAUCGGAAAAAUACUUCCUGAGGUGCAAAAAGAUACCACUUUCAUUAAUUGACAACCUACCAGUCCUGACUGAACAAGAUGAUGUGGAAGAAGUCGAAAUCUACAAUUGUAAAGCUCCCGACCGGAAUAUGUCAUAUUACGACAUAUUUAAAUUAUGGAAUAUCACUCUGACUAAGACACUACGGCUCACUAGACAACCCGCGGAACCUAGAUUACAGGGACAUCAUUUGCGUGAUAUGCCAAUAAACAAACUUAUAAUUGAGAACGAUGGCAGUGAAAACCCACUACGACCGUCACAAGAUUUCGUUAGCGGUGUUGCAGAACUACUCACGUUAAGGCUUAAAAAUGUGAUUCCGGAUGUGCAAGCAUUUAUACAAUUCCCUGAUAAGUUAGAGACCCUAGAUCUAGAGUACGCGCAAGUGCCAGCUGCAGUAAGCAAGCUAGGGAACGGCAGCGCUUGGUUGGAGCGGUUACUCUCAUUGAAAACUCUGUUCAUCCAAGAAAGCCCCAAUGAUGGAGCCGAGCCCUUAAUUCUACCUACAUUUAAUAUAUCGUUACGAAACUUGACAAACCUAACUUUAAUAGACGUACCGCUAAAUUCAAGCAGCUUAACUGGGAAGUUAAAUGGCUCUUCUAUUAAGAGUCUUGAUCUCCAGUAUUGUGGGCUUAAUAAUCUAUCGUAUAAUGUGUUCAAGGGAGCAAAUCUAACCCAUCUUACCAUAAAACACCAUAAGCUGACCGUACCAAGAGGCAUAUUUUCACCGCUGCAAUGGCUGGCGAAGCUGGACCUAACAGACAACAACUUGGACGGUGCUACUGUUCUAGACGCAGUGUCUUCGCUGCCACGUCUGCAGAAGCUCGUGGCCAGUUACAACCCACUGGGCUCACUGUGCGGUGAUGCUGAUGUAAUUUCUGCUGAAUCAAAGUGGCCAAAGUCGCUGCAGCAUUUGGAAUUGGUCAAAACGAAUGCAACCCGAAUCUGUCCAGAAUGGGUCGAAAACGACGAGCUGAUGCAGAUUGAACUUCAAAAUAACAACAUUGGAGAUCUUACUUACAAUGAUCUGAUUAUGAAAAGAGCUAUUAUCGGGCCAACGGCGGCAGCGCAGCCGGUGAUGUUAGACCUGACUAACAAUCCCAAUUUACGCAUUGUAAAAGUAUCGAGUACCGAUAAACUACAAUGUCACAACGACUCUGUUCAAAAAGACUCUAACAAUCGAACGCGAGCAAAGGUACUGGUAACUAUCGAAAUGAGUGAUGUGAGAUGUGAUCAUGGCGGGUACUUGCUGCAAGAGGCUCUUCGUGACUGCCCACUGUGGUUGAUGCCUAGCAAUAGCAACCACGAUACCGAUCGUUUAUGUCCGUACAGCGGCCGUGAUUGCUUACCAGAAUGUACAUGUUCCAAGCGGCUGCGCGACAAUGCAACAGUUGUGAAAUGCCAGGGGGCUCUACCGCUGGAACCUCGCUGGCCGGCGUCGAGCCGGGACUUCCCGCUGGUGCUGUACGCGGCACCCGGCACGCUGGCUGCCGUGCCGACCAACAUUGAUGUCCUGCUGGAGCUACACGCACCCAAUAACAGCAUCAGUAGACUUGACGGCUCGGAUGUAGCUAAUAUGCUUGAAUUAGAUGUUAGCUACAACAGGAUUCAGCAUAUCUCGGAGAGUGCUGCUCGGAGGCUAAUCGCUGAAGAGACAAUCCGCGUCGAGCUCAAAGGCAACAGAUUUGAUUGUAACUGCUCCGACGUGCCAGCUUACGAGCUUCUAGCGAGUAGUAAAGCGGUGCGUGAUUGGAAAGAAGCUUUAUGCGCUGAUAAUAUUCACGUAAUGGAAAAAAUGAAAAGUGGGCUAUGCUUCCCAUUUUGGCCCCUAGCACUGGGCCUGGGAUGUCUGCUGCUAUUUGUGUUAGCGAUUGGAUUGCUAUUGCACUUUUGCAAACUACAAAUAAGACAAGUUCUUUUCAAAUUGAAUUGUUGCCGUCGCUAUAUCUUUAGAGUUAAUGAUGACAUUGAAAAGGAAAAAGAUGUUUUCUUGUCAUAUUGCCACGAAAAUUUAGAGCAAAUGAAUAUUAUAAAAAAAUAUCUUGAAGAACGAGGUUAUUCUACUAUAGAACACAAUCGUGAUUUUGAACCAGGCGAUCCUAUAUUAAGUCAAAUCGUGGAGGCAGUCCAGAAAGCACGUCGAACACUUGUGCUUGUUUCAAAUCAUUUUAUGCAGUCCAAGUGGAUGGAACACGAGUUUCGCUACGCACAUACACAUGCUUUGAAGUAUCAAACAUCUAAAGUGGUAGUCGUCCUAUACAACUUUAGUAAAGAGACAUUGGGCACGCUGCCACCUGAUCUGAGGUACUACAUUAAACACCACACUUACAUUGAUUGGCAUGAAGAAAAUUUUUGGGUAAACUUAUCCAAGUUCCUUGGAAAGCCUAAAUUUCAAGUUGUUGACCACAAAAUUGCGUAGCCAUCCUGAUUCUUGUAUCUUUAAAUAGAACUAGCAAUGUAACAUACAUAGUAGUUUGUUAUUUACUUCUAGUCAGUAUAAGUCACAUUGCCCUUUAAAGACAGGUAAAUAGGAUAGGUGUUGUUGGAAGCUUUGUUCUAGCUUCCUUUAUAUUUAUUUACCUUGUUACGUUCAACUUAUGCGUCUUAGAAAUAAACGUACGAAAGUUUUUACAUAUUUCUAUAAUAAAUUGAUACUACUUUUGUUAAAAGUU